CUGUUCCAUUGGCUUUCAUGCACAUUUCUUGCAAAGUGGAGGACUGUAAUUUAUGAAAGCAAACUCGAAGACGUCAAGUACAGUUCGCGCACUUGUGACACAAUGACAAGGCACAGAAGCUGAGCAUUCAAAAGUCUUCCAAAAGGGCAUUAUUUUAUUUUUCGCAGCUGUCCAGUUGGUUUUGCAGUCAGUGCUUUUCAUCGUAUCGAAAGACACAGUAAACUGAAUUACAGUAGCUCUUUUAUAUUGAACACAAGCGUUUUUGUCCUAACGGGACUAACACUUCCAGGGAACAGGACGGAAGCGGACAUUCCGGAAAAAUACCCAAUCAGAGGUAGCCUCCUGCAGGCUAGUAGGCGCUUGGUGGUUGGCCAGCAGGGAGAUGUUCCAUGGGAGCCUCGUGUCUGCUGCAGUUACAAGCCUAAAGAGUGAUGAUCUCUGAGGAGAAGGCCUCCUUCAUGGCCCAGAAGAUGUCCUCACCGUCCCGCAGCAACAGCAGUGGGUCCUCCAAGCAUGACAGCCGGCAGGACAGCUGGGAGAUCAUAGACGGACAUCGGGGGGAAACCAGUCAUGGGCGGGAGCCUCUCAGACAGGAAGGUUAUCUACUGAAGAAGAGGAAGUGGCCGUUGAAGGGCUGGCACAAGAGGUACUUCUUACUCGACAAGGGAAUCUUGAAGUAUGCCAAGUCUGGAGCUGAUAUAGAGAAAGGCAAGCUUCACGGCUGCAUUGAUGUGGGUCACUCGGUCAUGGCCAUCAAGAAGAACGGAAAGUGCAUCGACUUGGACGCAGAGGACAACAUCUACCACCUCAAGAUUAACACCCAGGAGCUGUUUGAUGAAUGGGUCUCUAAGCUGCGAGAUCACCGGCUGUAUCGGCAGAAUGCGAUGGCCAUAUUUCCCCAUGACAAGCCUCUGUUCUACCCCCACUUCGCUCCCGCAUCUCCAAACCUUUCGGAGAAGGCUUCCAUGAGAAAGGCAUCCAUUCCCCAUGAAGCGAUCAUCCCUCAGGCCUUCAGCAGCCAAGCCAAGGUGACGGCCUGGCUGCAGUCCUCCGAAGACAUGGAUCGAUGUACAAAAGAGCUCUCGCUGUGUGAAUCCUACCUGUUGGAGCUCCACCACCUGCUGAAGAGCAUGGAGGUGCUGCACCGCACAUACUCUGCCCCAGCCAUCAACGCCUUGCAGGCCACGCUGGACAGCCCGAAAAAGGAAAAGAGGGCGUCCCGGAAAUGGCGGACGAAGAAUUUCGGUAAAGAUAACAAAACAACACUACAGGUUCCGAGCUGCAUUUCAUCCAGCUCCCUGCGACUGCACUCCUCAAACCCGAACCUGUCUUCUGUGGAGACGGGACUCGACAAGGCUGACCCGGAAGCACUGGACUCACCGCCCGACGCGGCCAAACUGCAGGAGGACUUCUGCCGGGUUGCAGACUCACUGCAUGCAGCCUUGAAGUCUGCCUUUAGCACUUUGUCUGCAGAGAGGGAGAAGCUAAAACAAGUGCUAGACCAGGAGACUCCCUCAACCCAGGUCCUGGGGCUGAAGAGCACCCUCGCUUCUGCCAUAGCCCAAAAUUCUGAACUGAAAGAGCGACUUGGCAAGAUUCACGCAGAAUCAUGCUUCACAGAGCCCACCGUGCGUUUUACUGGCAACACUGGCCCCCUGCAGAUCCAGAAGCAGGAUUCGACAGAUGAGUCCCAUCCUCUCAUCCACCAAGUGUCCAAUGAGAGCAGGGCGUCCAUCUCGGAGUCGCUGUCGGAGUUCUUUGACGCACGGGAAGUGCUGCGGUCUGCCAGCUCUUCUGAGAACGAGGGCUCUGACGAUGACUCAUGCAUCAGCGACGUCAGUGACAACCUCUCCGUGGAGAACCUCAGCAACGGGGCGGAGGGCGAGAGAGCCAACCCAGGGUUACCCCGCAGCUCCGGGCGAAGGUCGAGGGCAGCCACGUCCGAAAGUAUUUUAAGUGAUCCUGCUGGUGCACGUGAGAUUCGUGGUGCCGCCCUCCAUAAGGAUGAGGCCGAUGUGUGCGCCGUGCCGCCGGCCUGCAUGGAGAACGGCGCCCCCCACAGGCAGCGCAGGUCGCGCCUACCCGCCCCGAGCCCCAACACCAGCAACAUCAGCCUGUGGAACAUCCUGAAGAACAACAUCGGCAAGGACCUGUCCAAGGUGGCCAUGCCGGUGGCGCUGAACGAGCCGCUGAACACGCUGCAGCGGCUGUGCGAGGAGCUGGAGUACAGCGAGCUUCUGGACCAGGCCGCCGGCACGGCGGACCCAUUCGAGCGCAUGGUGUACAUCGCCACGUUCGCUAUCUCGGGUUACGCCGCCAGCUACUACAGAGCUGCCGGGAAGCCAUUCAACCCCGUGCUGGGGGAGACGUACGAGUGUGACCGGCCGGACAAGGGAUUCCGCUUCAUCGCUGAGCAGGUCAGCCACCAUCCCCCUAUAUCAGCAUGUCAUGCCGAUUCCAAAAACUUCACCUUUUGGCAAGACAUGCGAUGGAAGAACAAGUUCUGGGGGAAGUCCAUGGAGAUUGUUCCAGUCGGCACCUCACACGUGAUUCUCCUGCCGUCUGGAGAUCACUAUGAGUGGGACAAAGUCACCUCCUGCAUCCACAACAUAAUGAGCGGUCAGAGGUGGAUCGAACACUACGGCGAGAUAACUAUCAAGAACCACAGUAGUGAUGCCUGUCAGUGCAAGGUCACAUUUCUCAAGGCAAAAUACUGGAACUCAAGUGUGAAUGACGUGGAAGGUUUAGUCACCGACAGCAAGGGCAACGUUAUCCGCAAGCUUUAUGGAAAAUGGCACGAGGGCAUCUACUGUGGCGAGCCAUCAUCAGCCAGCUGCAUCUGGAGAACAAAUGCAAUGCAUCCAGACUACGAGCAGUACUACGGUUUCACCACGUUUGCCAUUGAGCUGAAUGAACUGGACCCCGAGACAAAGGCACUGUUUCCACCAACCGACAGCCGGCUGCGACUGGACCAAAGGAUGCUGGAAGACGGGAACGUGGAGGCGGCGGAGGAGCAGAAGCAGAGGAUAGAGCAACUUCAGAGGGACAGGCGGAAGGUUCUGGAGGAGAACAACAUGACGCACCAACCCCGAUUCUUCAAGAAGUUGAAAGAUGACACCUGGGUGAGCAACAACACUUACUGGGACCUAAGAAAAGACCCCGGGUUUGCCAGUCUGGACUGGCCAGUGCUUUGGUGACGCGGUUUGCUGGCCGACGCGUCUCCCAGCGCUCGACGCCUCCCACUCGUCUGCUGUUCAUUGUGUCGUGCUUUGCUGCUGCCUCACUGGUUUAAUGCCUUAAUAUGGAGUGCUUUCCAAAACCAUGUAGCGUUUUUAAAAUGAAAACACAUGUUCUGAAUGUAGCGAAAAUAUGCAACCUGGGAUUCUGUUCGAUGUCCCUGAUGUCACUGACUGCUGCACAGAGAAUCACCUGAGGCAUGUGCGCCCUCUAGUGGUUACACACUGGUACAGAUGGCAAAAAAAUAUUCAGAUGAAAAGUCUAUGAUCACACCCUGGAUUAUUUUGCCAGUAAAGAUGUACACUGUAAGAUCCGGUCUUAACUCUUAAGAUUUUCUACCUCCAAUGUGAAAUGGCAUAAAUGUGGUUUUGAUGUUUGAAACAGUGGCUGUAGUGUUUUGGAAAGACUGAACACUUCCUUAAAGCCUUACCCACUUAACUUGAUAAAACAUUGUACUUAUGUAUUAUAUUUGAAUUUGUACAAAUGAUAUGUGGCAGUAGGAGGUAACAAUUUUCAAGCUUUUAAGAAACAAUCCUGUCUUUUAUCAGUCUGCAUCUCCAUUCUACAAGUAACAUCUCAAUUGUUCUACAGUUAUGCCAUUUGCCUGUGUGCGUGACUUAUACACACGUUUGAUAUAUACUCUGAAAAUGAAACUUUCCUAUACUCUGUAGUAACUCUGCUGGCAGAUACAAUGUGCAACAUGGAGAUCAUGAAUGACAUGGCUGGGUACAGUGUCAGAGACUGUUUGCAUCAUUCCCUGCUUGGUCUGUUAUCCCCAAAAGUCACCAGGAUGUGACUAAACCAGUGGUGAUGGGAUGGACUGGGCUGUUAUUAAAUUUACAUAUCUUGGGGUGUCAUGACAUGUUAAAACCCUGUUUGAGUUUAUUCCUAUAUGUUAAAUUUUUGGACCAUACCUGUAUAUACACUGUCUGGUCAAAUAAAAUAAGCGUUAUGAUACCAUC